UUGCGCGUCUCGUUCACGCGUCGCGCUACAAAAUCUGUUUGCUUGGCAUUAUCCGUCAGCCAGUUCGGGGAUCUAAGCAUAACUAUCUACGUAUGUCAAUUACAUACUCAGCACUGUCUUUACUUCAACGACCUCUUGCGGACUGAAAGAAUGCCAAGAUCUCCAGCUCUUGUCAGCUGCUCAACAUCAUACGACUUUUGCAUGCUAGGAUGUCGUGGCUGGCCUGGAAGACAGAACCAGUGCUGUGGCUUGCAGAUAUAUUGAAUAUUCAAUACCAACAAAGUUAAGAGUCGUACACUCAGGCUGGCUGAGGAGGGGUUGCUCUCAGGUUAAAACUUUGUAGCACCGAUUGACUCCCAUUGUCAGUUUUGCUAACAAAAUUCCCUGAUUUUCUGUAACCGAUCAACUGCAACGCUAUCGCAUUCUUUAUUCUCUCAUUCUCCUGCUCAAAAACCCUCAAGGGAAAGAACUGCUUCAAUGCCGGACAUAGAAAUUGAAGAUAAGGUAUGGGAAUCAGAGGUGAUCCUCAUUGAUUCCCUCGGGCGAGAAGGCACUGUAUACCGCCUGGUGUCUGACCUCAAACUUGACCCCACACAUAAGGACCCAGAACCGUUAAACACAUACUGUCCAGAGGGAGAACACUAUGCCAGACUCAAAAAGAGUUUGUGCGCAAGUCUCGGUGUCGUGGAAAAGGAGUCGGAACUAUUUUUGUCUCUACUUUCUCGACACCUGUAUAAAUGCUCGCAGUGUAACCCCUUACCAGUGGCAGGCUUACCGAACACCAGAGCACGAUGAAGACAUGUUUUACCAGCCCACAAAAGGCAGAGCAUCAAGCCGGUCGAUUUCAAGAUCAAAGGAUUGACCAUCACGGCAGACGGUAAGGAGAUAGUCCAGGGGCGUGCUAUGGUAUUCAAGAUUGCUGUUGAGCAUGAGGGCAAGAUAAUCGUGUUGGAGGAGAGAUUGGCGCCUUUUCACAAACCAGGCGAGUUGUAUCGAGAUAUUAUGAAGGGGUUAUUGAAGAACUAAGCUUGCAGUAACUGAAGUUCUCAUAUGGUUGCGAACUAGAUAUGGUAUCUGUAGUUACUACUUGUGGUUAAUAGCUUCAAUCAUUAUACAGAACUUGGCAUAAAUUUCCACCACGGGAUUGACAUCAACAAUAUGUG